GAGAGAAGGUGUUGGACGUGUUUGUUUGUGUGUGUUGUUUGGGGAGAGCGAGAAAAGAGGAGGAAACAAUGGGCGAGGUAUCUGAAACGAUGACGAAGAAGAAGAAGAAGGGACGACCCUCUCUUUUGGAUCUUCAAAAGCGAUCUCUCAAGAAGGAACAGCAACAGAACCACCACCACAACCACCGACAAAACAACCCCAAUUCCACAAAUUCACACUCAAAAAACACCAACGUUGCUGCUACCCACGACGACGACGACGACGAGAGAAAGGAGAAGAAGCACAAGCUACUAGUCGGGCUCAAUUCACAUCUCCAACACCCGACAUUAUUCCCCAAUUCACAGCCAGUCAAUUCCGAUCCCAAGAGGCGCAAGAUUGACCCGCUACACAACCACCAAACGGAUGGGAAGGUUCCGAAAGCGACUGACAGUAAACAUGGUUCGCAGGGGGAGUCCGGUCCCACUACACCUUUGCCAGACAAAAAGCUCUUGCUGUUUAUCCUUGACAGGCUUCAAAAAAAGGACACACACGGGGUGUUCUCCGAGCCUGUGGAUCCUGAAGAGCUUCCUGAUUAUCAUGACAUCAUUAAGCACCCGAUGGAUUUUGGAACUGUGAGAAAGAAAUUGGAUGAGGGACUGUAUACCGACUUGGAAGAUUUUGAGAAAGAUGUGUUCUUGAUUUGCUCUAAUGCAAUGCAAUAUAAUUCAUCAGAUACCAUUUACCAUCGACAGGCCCGAGCCAUGCAAGAUAUCGCAAGGAAGGACUUUGAGAAUCUUAGACAAGAUAGUGAUGAUAGUGAACCGCAGCCCAAAGUUGUGCAGAGAGGAAGGCCACCAGGCAAGCCCUCAAGAAAGUCACUGGGUAUGCCUCCUGCUGAGCGCGUUGGUCCUGAAUCUUCUUCUGAUGCAACUCUUGCUUCUGGCGGGGACAUUGCUAGUGGCUCCAACGGUUAUAAUCUUAGGAAAGGACCAAGCAAAUUUCAGCCUACAGAUUCAUCUACUAGGGCCUACAACAACACUUUUAACAGUGGAGGGUAUAGUGGCUGGCCUGAAUGGGAGAAUGAAUUUCCAGCUUCUGUUGUAAAAGCUGUGUUAAGAUAUGGAAAGAAGCAGUUUGCAGUUGAUGAGACCAGGCGCGAUUCUUACAAAAUACCAGUGACUUCAGGAAAUGAAGGACCGCUGUUGACCACAGUUGAAGAUGAAGUCAAACAGCUUCUUGCUGUAGGUAUACACAUGAAGCAUAGUUAUGCAAGAAGUCUAGCCCAUUUUGCUGCAGACCUUGGUCCUGUUGUUUGGAAGAUUGCUGCAAGUAAAAUCAGCAGUGUUUUGCCUACAGGACAUGAAUUUGGUCCUGGAUGGGUAAGUGAAGAAGACGGGUCACAGAAACAACACUUCCCAGUUUGUGAUGAGGGUAGAACUUCAGACCCUCCCGUAGUAGAGGAUUGUAAAAGUAGAUUUUCUUCUCCAUCUGGAUCACUUCUUCCCCUUGCAAAUAGACCCUGCUUGCAAAGUGUUGACAUGGUUAUAAAUAAUUAUCAAAAAGAAUUGAAUCCGGCAAUCAACAUUGCUGGUGGAUCUGAGUCCAUAACUCCUGUGAAGAUUCAGCAGGAAUCCAUGCCGCACUCUGAUGAUAUUGGCUCACAUGAUUGGUUAGGUUAUAAUUUUUCACCACAAAUGAAGAUGGUAAAACUUGCUGACCUAACUGGGUCUCCGAGUGCUGGGGUUGCUCCUCCAAUGGAUCCCAUAAGCAACCGCAUUGCGCAGACAAAUACUAAUCCUUCUCUUAUGGGACAGUAUGGGAGCAAAUCAAGUCAACUAGAAUCUGGUAAUUUAUUGGCCCGAGAAUCUGUGUUUGAGCCACGAAGUUGGUCUCAAGGAAUUGCUGGAAAAUCAUCUUGGCAGGGUUUGGAAGUUCCCACUAAACAGAAGUCUUUUGCACUUUCUAAUGACUUGAAUGGAAGGAUUGGAACUACAAAUUCACCCAGUAGUUCCAAUGUGGAGGCUGGUUCUCAGUUGCAGCCUAAUUUGGCAUUACAGCUCUGAUGAUAUAUUUUUUCUUUUUUUGGGAUUGAAUUCACUCAUUGCUUACUAACAUGAUAUUGUCAUGUUGUUGUAGGAAAGAAAAGACCCUAUUUAAUGGACCUUUCUUUUUAAGAUCAGAAGCAUUCAGAAAUAGUCCUUUCUUCUGAUUUUUUUUUUUGUUUUUUGACUUUAUAACACAGGUUGGCAUCUCCAUUAAGUAUACAGUUGAAUUGAUAUCGACCAAGUCUUUAUGACUUCAAAGUCAAAUGUUUAAUUAUCCUUCUCAUUUACUAUA